AUGGAUCUUUUUCACUCGGCAGGGUUUGCGUCAGAUGUAACAGAGUUGAUGAAGCAGCAGCAUGUCCCGGGGCUGGCGAUUGCAAUCAUACACAAUGAUCAAAUUGUCUCUGCGGGAUAUGGACAUGCGAGCCUGGAUCCCGAAAUACCUUGCACAGCAGAUACGCUGUUUGACAUUGCAUCGUCCGCUAAAUCACUCACUGCUGCGGCAGUGGGAUUGCUAGUCGACGAUAAUGACAUGUUCCCGAAUAUUCAGUACGAUGCCGUAAUGUCGACUCUUCUCCCCGAGGACUUUGUUAUGUCUGGAGAAGGAUACACAGAAGGAGUCACUGUGGAAGACAUCUUAAGUCAUAGAAGUGGAAUGGCUAGCCAUGACGAUUCGUAUAUGAGUGUGCGAGCGACGAAGCCAGACAAUGCUCGAUCCAUUACGAGAAACCUCAGGAAUCUCCCUGUCGCCGCUCCCAUUCGAUCAAGGUAUAUUUACUGCAACAUGAUGUAUACAGUGGCAACCCAUCUUGUGGAAGUCAAGAGCGGACAGGAUUUUGGUACAUUCCUCGAAGAGCGAUUUUUCAAGCCACUGGACAUGACAUCAACUACUCUUCAACCCAGCAGCGCACGAUCCAAAGGAUUUGAAUCCCGCAUGGCAACUGGCUACACAUGGAAAAGGGCCGACUCCACAUAUCGUGGGUUAAAAAAUCCAGACUGCCCAGAGGGCCAAGGCGCAGGGUCUAUCGUUUCGAGCGUGAACGACUUCAUCAAAUUUGUCAAGGCUUUUAUCAAUCGCGAAGAGCCUAUCAAUAAAAAUGUUUAUGAAGGGCUCACUCGUCUGCGAACUUUUGUGAAUCCAAACCCAGGAAGACGGAAGCGGUACACCUCACCGGUAGCAUAUGCUGCUGGGCUGGAUAUCUACUUUUACAAGGGACAUAUGGUUGUCGGCCAUAAUGGGGUAUUCUCUGGAUUCGGAAGUCGCUUCUUCUUUCUCCCUGAUUUCUCAUUCGGUGCUGUAAUUAUGGGAAACUCAGAUGGGGCAAAUGGCGUUGCGACGACCCUUGUCCAAAAGCUAAUUGACAAUCUCCUUGGAGUCACGGACGAAAGACCUCAUGACAGCAAAAGCAAAGCCACACGACCUGUUGAAAUGAGUAAGAAUCAGGAAAAGAAGGAGAAGAAAAAGCAGGAAAAGAAAACCCAGAAGAAAAGUCAAGGUAUCCAGAAGGGCCAAGUGAAUGAACAAAGACCAGAAGGGAAUACUCCGCAGCCACCGACAAUGCCUCUCAGUGCUUACGCUGGCAACUACUGGAAUCCUGGGUAUCAUAACUUACUGGUUCAAAUCAGAGAUGAUGCGCUCUUCAUCGAUGCUACAGAUCGCUCAAUGGGGUUUACCUUGAAAUUCGAACAUGUGUCCGAUGACCGAAAAUUCGAUGCUCAUCUUACUGAUUGGCUCGAUGGCAGUGAUGACAUGGUAAAAGUGGAUAUUGUAAUAGAAGAUGCUCAAGUCAUAAGGCUGGGUCUGCAGUUGGAGAAAAUGCUCAAGGAAAUGAUCUGGUUCGAGAAGAAGGAUGAAGUUCUUUCUUGA